AUGAGCGGAGCGGGCGCCGGCAUAGUGAACGCGCCACCGCUCUCCGCCGCUGAGGCGCUCUCCUCUCUUCUAUGGCAGCCGUACGAGUGCCGUUCGCCUCCCCUCCCCCGCUCGAGCACUGAUGGAGUGCUUGCGGUGCGGCGCGGAGCGGGGGCUUCGCCCGAGUGCGCGCUCCAGUCGCCGAGCGGCGGUCGUCAUGCGCGCGCGUCGUAUGCAACGUACCGCGCCACAACUUACGAGAUGCGGCUGCCCGUGCCGGCGCCAGCGCCGCUAUGCAAGUCGGAUUCGGUCUCAGUUCGAGUGCCGGGUGAACCGAGCCAAGCGAACGUGUCAAGUGUGAACAUAGUGCAGGUGGAUGCGCCCCCCGGUCGCAACGUGAACAGUGCCGUGCAAACGGAACGGGAAAGGAGCGUCGUGAGUGCUGAGUGUCAGACAGAAGAGCCUGCGCGGCGACGGCGCCCGAGGCGUGCGCGGGCGCCGCGCGCUCCUGAACUCGAGAGUGUGCCACCACCACCCUACAGCACACUACCACCUCCAGUGCAUCCGGUGCCUGUGGCAGUGCCGGUUCCGGUGCCACCAGCACCAAUCGUCGCACCACACCCUCCAGCGCAUCGUUUUCCCUUCCAGCCGAUUCCACUCAGGUGCGGCUAA